AUGAAUCCACAAGAAUUCCAGUUAUUUUUCCAAGAAAUGCAAAACCAACGUGCGAAAGACACCGAAGCAAUGCGUGAACUUUUCAAGGAGUGUUUGCAAAUGAAAGCAGUUCCGAAAACAGAAAAAUCGGAGCAAACAAUGGAGAUUUUAGCAUCGAGUCUAACGGAAUUUGUUUAUGAUCCAGAAAAUAACUUAACAUUUGAAACGUGGUAUACGAAGUAUGAAGAUUUGUUCUUAGUAGAUGGUAGCAAACUUGAUGACGCAGCGAAGGUCAGGCUUCUAUUAAGAAAACUCAGUACAGCUGUGCAUAAUAAAUAUAUGGACUUUAUUUUGCCUAAGCAUCCACGUGAAUAUAAUUUCACUACAACAGUGGAGAAAUUAAAACAACUGUUUGGACUCCAAAAGUCACAAUUCAGCUUACGCUAUAGCUGCUUACAGUUAACCAAAUCAGAUACCGACUAUACUACGUACGCAGCCGAGGUUAAUAAACAAUGUGAAAAUUUUAAAUUGAAUAGCCUGUCACUGGACCAGUUCAAAUGUUUAAUGUUCGUAUUGGGGCUGAAAUCGGAAGCAGACUUCGAAAUAAGAACCCGAAUAUUGACCAAACUGGACACAGAAGCUGAUACCAUCAACUUGGAAAAACUUACAAACGAGUGUCAGCGUAUUAUUAAUUUAAAAUCCGACACAGCGCUGGUAGAAAAUAAAUCACGUGAAAAUCAGGUGAAUCGAGUACAAGCAAAUAAGCUUAAGAACAAUCACAAACCGAAAACACCAUGCUGGUUUUGUGGAGCAAUGCAUUAUGUGCGUGACUGCCCAUACAAAAAUUAUAAAUGCGAAGACUGUCACAACAUAGGCCAUAAAAAAGUACAACCAGAAUCUGCUAAAAGUGCAACUGGAAACUUACCAUUGUACGCAAAAUUUACAUGUGAUGUGCAGUUAAAAGACACAAUUAGAACACUUACGUGCUUCGUUACAACGAUCGAUUUGAACGUAUUCGGAUUGGACUGGAUAACUGCUUUUCAACUUAGCGAUAUGACGCUUAACGCUAUUUGCAGCCAAAUUUCAACAACAAAACAGGCAAGUAAUGUUUCAAUAAAGUCGUCAAAUUGCAAAUUUCUUCCGGAAAAAUUAUUUCCAGAACUUUUCGAUAAUGCUAUGGGUCUUUGUAAUAAAACUAAGGCACAUUUAAUUAUUAAACCAAACUGUCAACCUGUUUUUCGACCUAAGCGCCCGGUAGCAUACGCAGUUCAACAUUUGGUUGAAGAAGAAAUUAAGCGACUUCAAGAUCUCGACAUUAUCGCACCCAUAAAUUACUCUGACUGGGCCGCACCAAUCGUAGUUAUCAAAAAGCCAAAUGGUAGCAUUCGUAUUUGCGCUGAUUUCUCAACUGGUCUUAACGACGCGCUUGAAUCUUACAAGUAUCCACUACCGCUUCCAGAGGAUAUUUUUGCAAAAAUUAGCAAUGCAACAGUAUUUAGUCAUAUAGACCUUUCGGACGCUUUUCUCCAAAUCGAAGUUGAUAGCAAAUCGCAAGAACUUCUCACAAUAAACACGCAUCUAGGUUUAUUCAAAUACAAGCGUAUGGUUUUUGGCGUCAAAACUUUUCCGGCAAUUUUCCAACAAAUUAUGGAUAAAAUGCUUGCGGGCUUAGAUUGCGCAGCAGCUUACAUUGACGAUAUCUUUGUCUCAGGUAGAAACCAACAAGAGCAUGACAACAACUUACAUGAAGUUCUACAACGUAUUUAUCAAUACGGGUUUAAACUCAAGAUCGCAAAAUGCAAUUUUUCAGUUCCUGAAAUUGCUUACUUGGGAUAUAUUGUCAGUAAAGACGGCAUUCGCCCAGAUCCAAAAAACAUUGAAGCAAUCAAGACAAUGCCUGCGCCAACCAAUCAAUCCGAACUUAGAUCACUCUUAGGUGCUAUCAAUUUUUAUGGAAAAUUCAUAAAUCACAUGCGCAAAUACCGCGGACCAUUAGACGAACUACUUCAAAACAACAAGCAGUGGCAAUGGACAGAACUUCAUCAACGCUGUUUGGAUGGUUUCAAGCAAAUUUUGUCAUCAGAGUUAUUAUUAGCGCAUUACGAUCCACUAAAAAACAUAGUAGUCGCUGCAGAUGCAUCUAACUAUGGGCUCGGAGCUUGCAUUUUUCAUGAAGCUGACGACGGUUCAAUGAAAGUAAUAUGUCAUGCGUCCAGAUCACUAACGCCCACAGAAAAACAAUAUAGCCAAAUAGAAAAAGAAGCUCUUGCGCUUAUUUUCGCGGUUACGAAAUUUCACAGAAUGGUUUUUGGGAGAAGAUUCAAACUUCAAACAGAUCAUAAGCCUCUUCUAGCUAUAUUUGGUGAUAAAACGGGAAUUAAGGUGCAUCAAGCAAAUAGACUUCAACGUUGGGCAAUUAAACUGAUUGCAUAUGACUUCGAAUUAAAGUUUAUUUCAACUAACAGUUUUGGGUAUGCAGACGUUUUAUCACGACUCAUACAUAACACAAUCAAUCCUUCAGAAGACUAUGUCAUCGCUGCAGUAGAGUUUGAAAUUGAAAGUAAACAAAUUUUACAUAACUCACUUGAUAAGCUGCCGCUUACCAGCAAAAUGAUUACUUACGAAACAGCUAAGGACAAGGUUUUAGCUAAAAUUCUCGAAUAUGUAACUGAAGGAUGGCCAUCAAACUGCAACAACAGUGAGUUAAAAGCUUACUUUAACCGAAAAAACGACAUAUGUAUAGUUGACGGAUGUUUAAUGUUCGGACAACGCAUUAUUAUACCUCAAAUUUUCCGAAAGCGCAUUCUUAAAGAAAUUCACCGAGGUCAUCAAGGCAUAGGUCGUACUAAAGCCAUCGCGCGGAACUACGUUUAUUGGUCAAAUAUCGAUCACGAUAUUGAAGCAAUGGUGAAAAGUUGUUCAAAUUGUGCCGCAGCAGCUAAAAUGCCCACAAAAACAACUUUACAUCCUUGGCCAAAACCUUCUGAUUCUUGGGAACGGCUGCAUAUUGAUUAUGCAGGACCAAUAGAUUCAUACUACUAUUUGGUCGUAAUCGAUGCGUUCUCAAAAUGGCCAGAAAUUAUACAAACAAAAUCUAUAACAGCAACUCAAACAAUUUCCAGCUUGAAAGAAAUUUUCGCUAGAUUUGGGUUACCGAAGACAAUAGUUUCAGACAAUGGUACUCAAUUUGUGAGUCACCAAUUUCAAGAGUUUUUAGCGGAAAACGGCAUUAGUCAUAUACGAAGCAGUCCGUACUAUCCCAUGUCAAAUGGACAAGCCGAAAGGUUUGUGGAUACUUUAAAGCGAGCACUCAAAAAGUUAAAUGGGAAGGGGGUAACUGCUGAAAAUCUUCAAACAUUUCUACAAGUUUACCGAUCUACUCCGAAUAAGCAAAAUGAGGACAGUAAAUCGCCAGCUGAAGUUUUACUAAAAAGAAAUAUCCGUAUUAAACUUGAUUUGAUUAAACCAACGCUGGUGUCAGACCCAAAUGCCAAGUUUAAAUACAAGUGCGAUACACAACUUAAAAUGAAAGCGCAAUUUGACAAAAGGCACGGUGCAAAGCCAAAGUUUUACGAAAAACAAGAGCUCGUUUAUGUCAAUAUAUUCAAAAACAAACACUUUGAAUGGACAAAAGGUAAAAUAAUCGAACGCAUAGGUAACGUCAUUUAUAAUGUUCGCUUACAAAAUGGCAAACUUAUUCGUGCACAUGCCAAUCAAAUUCGUGACCGUAAAGAUCAAGAAAAUGAGUUAUCUUUAGAAAUAUGUACUUCCGAAGAUAUCGCCAACGAAAAGUGUUUAGUUGAUGCAUUUGGCCUCUACGAAACAACACCUAAAGAUGUGGUCGAAAUAACUAACAACAACAUGGUUUCGACUCCAGAUCAAUCUUUCAACGAAGUAACCGAGAUUGCAAUCCCUCAAACUGAGAAGCACAAUGAGGCAGUUGUUCCGUAUACCCGACCAAGGCGUACUAGACAUCCUGUUGACCGUUAUAGACCCUAG